AUGUCACGGCCCCCUCCUGCACCCGGACGCUAUAGAAAUGGGCCAAUUAGGCCCCAUUUUUAUAACAAUGGUGUCGCAGCCGCUUCCGCUUCUGACCAGCAACCGACAAUGCGGGCUUCUGUGCAGGAGUUAACCCCAUCCAACUCAGCAGCUGAGGCCCUCAAGGCUGCCGAGUAUCGUUACAUGGUGAAGGAAAUGCGGCAUGCAGUGGACGAGUUCUCACACCUGUCCUUCUACCACGCCUGUCCCUCUCUCGACCUACUGCAAGAAUGGAGGCGACUGGGUCCAGGAAACAUCGAGGCUCAGUUGGUUAUCGACUGGACCACUGAGUUUCUACCCAAAUACCGCCUUACCCUGGAGGCUGCCCAAGAGUUAAAUGCGAUUUUGCAAGCAUCAUGCGAUUUUACCCAAACCACAUCGUUAUUUGGGUAUAUGUCGGGUUCUUUCGAGAUAGACCCAGGCAGGAAGUUCUGCAGCCAUUUGGCGACUCUGGGGCUGUCGAAGCUAAGUACCUUUCGACUGGGUUUGGAAUGUUUGAUCAGGAAAUUCGCUGAAUUUUAUUUACAUUUCGAACGCGUCAGCAAGGCCAUCUCCCUCCUACACCCCACCCUUCCUGACCCAGGUCUGCCACCUGGCAUUUUCCUUAACGGGCAGACUCUUGUCCCCCGGGCUGCACGCUCAGAGAGCGCCAACCACCCUUGCUACCGGUACGCUCAUUCGAGCACCAAGUACCCACUAGCCUGCACUUGGGCCACUCCCUGGUGGAACCUCAAACGCCCACGCUGCCGGUACGCUCUCGCAAGCGCCAAGUCACCGGUGACUCAGCCAUGGACCGCUCCCUCAGCGAGCAUCAAUCGUCCACAUGCACGGUACACUUGCCCGUUGAGCGCCAAGUAG